CGUAGAUAACGCGCGUCCCACUUACCGCGUCGCGCGCCGUGAAUCCCAUACAAAACAGCCGUCUAAUCUGCGAGCUUACGUAAGAGCCUCACGUCACCGCCUUUACGUAAGCCUCGCGUAGCUUCGCCCUGCGAACGGCCAGUCUCCAGACGACCGCCGUCGCGUCCGCACGUAACCUAAAACAAAACAAAAAAAAAACCCGCAAAAAAAAACCAUUGAGGCGUCGUCAAAAAAUGUACUAAAAGUUUUUAAUAAAAUAAAUAUAUAUAUUUUUAAAUUAUUUUUUUAAUACGCAAUGAAAGUGCACACACCGGUUCAGUGACCGCGAUCAAUAUGUUCAGGCAAAACAAAUGGAAAGUGAUACUGCUUGUGGCGGCUUCGGUGGCAGCGGCAGAGUCGUCCCGAGCCGUCGCUGUCUACCAGAAGCCAUACAAAAACGUCAUGUUCAUAUCGAAGAACAUAUACAGGAGACGCGGCAGACAGAGAGUCAUGUUCUUGGACGAUAGACAAAACGGGAAUUUCGGUAACGGCGAGAUUGAUCUGACAACGGGCCAAAACUCGAAGAUAAAGUUCGAUGAUAACACUGACUACGAGUUUACUUCGGACGGGUCGGACGUUAAGGCCGAGCCGUCGGGCCACGAGCGGUACUACGAGCCGCGAUUCCGGACGCCGAGCCAGCCGUUGUACCAGCAGAGGUUUGGGCCGUACGCGCCCGGGUUCAGCUUCGAACCUUUUCCGCCUGUAAAUUUCGCGCCGGCGGUCCGAAACGGUUAUUACUCGGGCUGGCGGGCUCGCAGUCCAAGGGUCGUGUUUCCGUACGCUUCUGAUAGUGUGACAGUGACGAACUCGCACGCGGGUCCCGGCGUGGACAAUGUUGUGUUCCGUGAUCAGAAUUUUGGAUUGAGCGACGUCGGCGUUGAUGAGCAAGCCCUGCAGGAUCUCGGCGCGGGCAGCGCUGAGACCUUCCCCGAUAAAGAUGCCAACGUACCACAUCGAGCUCGUAAUAAAGCCGAUCAAAAGCUACGAAAGCCCAUGUUCGUUCAGACUGAAGGUGUAAGAAAAAGCGACGACAAUUCACUAUUCCCGAACAUAAGUAAACGCAACAUCGUAUUGCCGGAAUUCAAACCGAUCACUGAUGAACAAAUGGAAAGAAUGAAUGAGAUUCUAAACGUCCCGGUACAGUCGAAGCGAAAAGCCAAAGAGCUACCGGUCACCGCGGACAGGCGAGACGAAAACUGCCCCCAGGGUGGUUCCUGCGAGUUUUUCUUUUACUGUUGGAUGGUCGGAGGCCUCUUGGACGGUACCUGCGGCGGGCUACUCAAAGGCUGCUGCCACAGAGUCGCGAAAGCGGGCGUCCUCGGAGUUCAGGAUUCGAACUCCAUUGAGUAUCCGAACGAGGGAUUUAGUUACGGGCCUGUCGUGAAUGACGAAAGGUGCGGUAUAGCAACAAACAAACAGACGGCUCAACGCAGGAUUGUUGGAGGUGACGACGCCGGCUUCGGGACGUUUCCCUGGCAGGCCUACAUCAGAAUUGGAUCAUCAAGAUGCAACAUGCUUAUGUCAAUAUUCGAGCUUAUCGGUUGGAAGCAGUGUUGGAUCGAGAGAUGUGGCGGUUCUUUGAUUUCACGUCGUCACGUCGUGACGGCUGGUCACUGUGUGGCCAGAGCCCAGCCCCGCCACGUGAGGGUCACACUUGGAGACUACGUCAUAAACUCAGCGUCGGAACCCUUCCCCGCCUACACGUUCGGAGUGCGGGCCAUAAAAGUGCACCCGCUCUUCAAGUUCACACCGCAAGCCGACAGAUUCGACGUGGCGGUUCUGACCCUGGACAGAAACGUGCAGUACAUGCCCCAUAUAUCCCCAAUCUGUCUUCCGGAACGAGGAUCAGAUUUCCUCGGCCAGUACGGCUGGGCAGCAGGCUGGGGUGCCCUCAGCCCUGGCUCCAGGCUCAGGCCUCGGACGCUCCAGGCCGUUGAUGUACCGGUUUUGGACAAUAGAGUCUGCGAGAGAUGGCACAGAGCUAAUGGUAUAAACGUAGUGAUAUACCCGGAGAUGCUCUGCGCCGGUUACCGGGGGGGAGGCAAGGACAGCUGUCAGGGGGACAGCGGGGGGCCGCUGAUGCUGGAACGCGGGGGACGCUGGUACCUCAUCGGGGUUGUGUCCGCGGGCUACUCGUGCGCCAGUCGGGGUCAGCCCGGGAUCUACCAUCGGGUCGCACAUACCGUCGACUGGAUCUCACACGCCACUACCUUAUCAUAGCAGUCUAUAUGCAAAGACCCCUCAAACUUUUAAAAUACGUUGCCCAAAAUCAUUCUAUGUUUCUUUUCGACUUCACACAUCUGAGGUAUGUGUGAGAGAGAUAGAAAACAUGUUCUGGAUGACCGGCAACUAAUGGAAUGUAUAGAAAAACGUACUUCAAGUUUUGUAUUCGAAUCUUCCGUCCCGUUUUCGCCUAUCGAGUUUUCAUAACGAGUGAACGAGACAAAGCUUAAGGAUUAGACGCGCACAUCGAGUAUUAAGUGCUAUUAUUUAUAACAGUCGAAUUUUGGAUACUCGUGACGCGUGAAAUUAAGAAGGCGUGUUCUGUCUCUUUCGCACGCAUUUGCAGAGUACCGUGCAUGAAAGGGACAGAACGAGGCGUAGCUCUCGCGUUCUGUGUUACAUUUGAGUCAGUAGAGUUCCACUCAAAGGAACAUUCCAGACUUUUAUUGUUUAUCAAAAAGUUUACUAACAAUUAACUAGCAUGUCCGUUGCUGGCCUCACGGCUUUUGAGCUUACAAUUUAUUUAUUUAUUUAAUCGAUGUACCAUCUGGCCUAAAGUGGUAUCUUGGGCCCAUAGACAUCACCACGAUAAUGCGACUUGAGGUCGAAAGUACAAUAGCAUUGUAUUAUUACUUAAUCCUUUAAACUACAAAUAGGCAGCACGGUGGUACUCAGACGUGGUACCCCACAAUACCACCAGCGUAAAGUCUAUCGAGAGAUAAAUUGAAUAACGAACACUCUAUAAAAACUAAAGUACCCUCAUAUUUUGUAAAUAGUUCAUACGUACAUUUGUGAAUACACAUAACAUUAUUUAUAA